AUGGCAGGCGCCCAAGAAAAUGCCUACCGUCAGUUCCUUCCGGAUCUCAGCAUUCCGCGAUUCACGACCAUGGCGACUCAAGAUGCUCAUGUCUACGCCAAUGCGUUCAAAGAUGGAGGCAAACCGCCGUGGAUCUAUGAGCUAUAUCUCCAUUGGAGAAAUUUGCUGAAGGUGCCCUAUAAAGGCAUUACAAAUGACGGUCACAUCAAGCCCAAUUUAUACCAACUCCAGGACGAAGGAAUUCCAAUCGAUAAGAUCGUUGAAACGACUAAAAGCGCAUUAUCUCAUUUGACACCAGCACAGCUAUCGAUACUAUCCUACCACAUCGACUCACCAGAAUGGCGAACAUGGUCGAACCCCGAAUUUCUCCUCAGCGACAAAGGCUUGCGGCUUGACGAACUAACCACCGAAGCACGGGAUGGAAUUAUGUCAAUUCUCCGUGAGACGCUGUCACCGGAAGGCUAUGAAAAGGCCGUUUCCGCCAUGCGCAUCAACGGAUUCCUGGGCGAACUCGUGAAGUCUCCAGCUGUGUUGAACGAAUACUCGUACAACUUCGUCUUAUUCGGCGAACCCUCCACGACUGAUGCCUGGGGCUUCAGCUUCUAUGGGCACCAUCUGUGCCUGAAUAUCUUCUUCUACAAGACGCAGAUCAUCAUUGCGCCGUGGUUCACGGGUGCCGAGCCUAACAUCAUUGACUCAGGCCCCCACAAAGGCACACGGAUCUUGCAGGUCGAAGACAAAGCCGGUUUGGAACUGAUGCAAUCACUCACUCCAGACCAGCAAACAAGGGCCCAGAUCUACAAGCAGCUCAAAGACCCCGCGAUGCCCAAGGGCCGCUGGAACCACGACGACCAACGGCACAUGUGCGGUGCCUACCGCGACAACCGCGUCGUGCCGUACGAAGGCAUCCUAGUCAGCGAGCUGAACCCCGCCCAACAAUCUCUCAUCAACACCAUCCUGAACGAAUACCUGCUAUACCUACCACAGCCUGCACGGAGUCUACGUCUCAAACAUAUUACGAGCCACUUCUCCGAGACGUACUUUAGCUGGAUCGGCGGGUUUGGAGACAACGAUGCGUUCUACUUCCGCAUUCAGAGUCCCGUCGUCAUCGUAGAGUUCGACCACCAUUCCGGCGUGUUUCUCACGAAUAAGGAGCCUGCAAGGUUUCAUAUUCAUACGUUGUUGCGCAUGCCGAAUGCGGGUGAUUAUGGUAUGGCGUUGAGAGGCUUGAUUCCACCAAAGGAGGAUACGUUUGUUUGGGAAGGAUGA